GUGUGCUGCGAUUUAUCAUUGAAGGCGUUAACACCCACGCAACAACGGACAACCCCACAGGACCGGGGGGUGCUUCUCGUGUCUCGGGAGGAAGGUCAGGGCUCGUUCAAAAAAAAUAAAAAAAAUACCUUGACUUUAAGACAUUUCAAAACUAACAAAUAAUAUACAUAAAUUAAAAAAAAAAAUAAAAAAAAAAAACAAAAAUAGAGAUAUAAGAUAAGAAAAAAAAAAAUAAAAUAUUAAGAGAUCGGCAGUAGAGUGUAAGAGUGAGACUAAAAAGUUCGAUGCCUUCCAGGGACGAUAAUCGCUCCCUAUCCACUGAGCGACGCUGGAUCCCUCCUUCAACUGUUAGACGCGAUGCUUUCACCCCAGAAAACAGAAAUGAUUUCAUCUUCCGCAAGGUGCGGGGUAUCCUUAACAAGCUCACACCUGAAAAAUUCGGCAAGCUGAGCAGCGAUCUGCUCAAAAUCGAACUUAAUUCUGAUGUUAUUCUCAAAGGUGUCAUUAUACUGAUCUUUGAUAAAGCCCUCGAUGAGCCGAAAUACAGUUCUAUGUAUGCACAGCUGUGCAAGCGUUUAUCCGACGAAGCGCCAAAUUUCGAGUCACCAAAACCAACAGUCGACGGUCAGAAAGCUCAAAGUACCUUCCGUAUUUUACUUCUCAACAAGUGCAAAGCCGAGUUCGAGAAUCGGUCAAAAGCCAACGAGGCCUUCGAGAACCAAGAUGACCUCAUUCCCGAGGAGGAGGAGCGCCGGCAAAUGGCCAAGCGUAAAAUGCUCGGCAACAUCAAAUUUAUCGGCGAGCUCGGCAAACUCGAGAUCGUCUCCGAGUCAAUCCUCCAUCGUUGUAUCCAGCAGCUUCUCGUCGAGAAACGUCGCCGUGGACCCCGGGGGGACGCUGCCGAGGACAUCGAGUGUCUGUGCCAGAUCAUGCGCACUUGCGGUCGAAUCCUUGAUUCCGACAAAGGCCAGUGUCUCAUGGAGCAGUACUUCAAACGUAUGAUGUCACUUGCUGAAAACAGUGACCUCCCACUGCGCAUACGUUUUAUGUUACGCGACGUAAUCGAGUUACGUCGCGACGGUUGGGUCCCACGGAAGGCGACCUCAACCGAGGGCCCGAUGCCCAUCAACCAGAUACGCAGCAACGACGACGAUCUUCUGACCUCCCAACAGGCCUCCCUCCAGCGCAACCUACAGUCCCAGUACAACAACCACCAUCACCAUCGCAACAACCGCGACGACUCGCGAAUCGGCAACGACUUUCUCAGAAAAAUCGCCCGACCCGGAAUGGUCGACAUGGACAUCGUCGGGUCCAUACCUCUCACUCAGAGCUUCGGUAUCUCAAACUCUUUCGCUGGGCCCAACGGGUUCUCGGGCGUCCCGCAACCUGGCGCUCCAGGUCAAGGUGGCGCCAACGUCGGAUACGGCCGACGCCCACCCGGUAACUACUUUCCCAACCAACGACAGACUUAUCCAAACAAACAGCAACACGCAGCCGCUAAUUCCUUCAACAACAACGCGAACAAAGAGCAGUCUCUCAGAUUCAACAAGAACAAGAUGCUCAUUGGCCAUCCGGAAGAAGUAUCACUGCGUCCUAGCACGACAUCUAUGCUCUUUAAGCAGACUACCAUAAAACCUCUGCCAAUAACCAACGAUCUGUUUCCCGCACGUACAGAAGCGCCACUGUUGCGAGCCACUACUCUCAAAACUCCGCCAUUGAUGCACAAGGACGCGGCCCCGAUUGUAAUUAAGCAGGGCCCGUUGGACAAGAGGGAGAAGGCCAGGGACCGCAAGGACAAGGGUCCCACCAAAGAGGAAAUUGUCAAGAAGGUCAAUGCGAUGAUGGAUGAUUUGAAAAAUGUUGAUGAUGUCAACUUGGGCGACGCCAUGGCCCAGUUCAAGGACCUCAAGAUUCCUGAGCGAUUCAUUCGCAACGCGAUCGCGACCAUCUACGGGAACACGCUGGAGAGGGGGGACUCGGAGAGAGAGUUUGCGGUUAAGUUUGUUGCUGAGCUGAGAAAAGAGGGCGUUGUUCAAGCGGGGCACACUAUGGAUGGCUGGAAGGAACUGGUGGCGGGAAUUGCUGACAAGGAGAGCACGGUACCUUGUGUUGCGAGUCAUGUUGCUAGUAUCACGGGCAAGGCCAUUGUCAAUAAUCUUAUGAUGCUCCAUGACUUGGCUGUGGUAACGGAAAAUGGCGCCCACCAUCCGCUAUUUUUGCUUACCUUGCAGCAGCUACACAAGACACAGGGAAAGGCAGUGCUGACACAGAUAUUUAACGACAGCAAGGUUAAUUUGAUGAGCCAGCUGCCGGAGGCGGAGAAGACCAAGGAAAGAUUGGGAACUAUUCUUGAGGACAGAGAACUCACUUUUCUGUAUCCGUUGCUGAGGAUCCAGGGAGAUAUGAGCAGGCAAUUGGAGAGCGAUCCUAGUCCAAAUGCAUUUUAUAAAUGGAUUAAAGAUAAAUUACAUCCGGCGCAUCAUGCUGAUCCUGGUUUUAUUAAUGCUUUGAUGACUGUUUUACUGCAAUAUAUUACACGAGAAACAACAUUAGCGCCUGGUAUCGAUACAACAGUCGUACCAGAUAAAACUCUACAAGAAAAAGAACGUGGAUUAUUACAAAAAUAUACACGUGUACUCGAGUCAUUUUUAGUAACAAUCGAUGCACAAGUAACAGCCGUACAUUCACUUCAAGUAUUUUGUCUUUCGCAUAACUUCCCGAAGGGCAUGUUGCUCAGAUGGUUCGUUGCGCUUUACGAGCUGUCAAUUAUCGACGAAGAGGCUUUUAUUAAGUGGAAAGAAGAUGUCACUGACGCUUAUCCUGGCAAAGGACGUGCAUUAUUCCAAGUAAAUAGCUGGUUAACUUGGCUAGAACAAGCGACCUCUGAGGAAGAAGAAGAUGAAGGUGACAAUUAAGAAGCCUAACCAUCAAUUAAAUAAAUUAAUUAAAUUAACAACAACAACAACAAUUACCGAAGUAAUGAAUGCUGGUACAUUUAAAUUUUUUCAUACCAGAAAUAAUAAAUGAAAGAAAAAAAAAAGAAAAAAAAACAAACAA